AUGCCUUACAAAUUUGAUAAUAGACAUAAUAUUGGAGUAGAAGAUCAAAAGACUACUGGAAAUGAAGUAAAUAGACAAGUCCAUUUAAAUAGUAUGGUGCAUUCACUAAAUGAGAAUAUUGAUUCAUUUACUCUAAAUGAUAAUCAAAUCAAUCACAAUAAUUUAAGCAAUCCACAUAUUUCAAUCUGUGAUUAUCACGAUCAAGAAACAAUAAUUAUACAAAAUACUGAUAGUUCAGAACUUCAAUUUAAUCAGCCCAAAUCAAAUAAUCCAUUGGUCCCGAUUGUAGAGAACAAGAAUAUUCUGUAUUUUAUUGAAAAAUGUCAAUCCAAAAGAAUACGAAAUAAUAAGCAUAAAGAUUCAAAUUUGAAUGAAAAGAGUAGUGAAAAUGUUCCACCAUCUCGAAGAAGAAAAAUUGAAAAUUCUGCUCUGAAGGAUCUUUUCAAUGAACAAGAAAUUAACUGA